UCCACCAGGUAAUUUCCGGCCUCCCUCUUACCACCACCAUGGUCCAUGGCUAGCCGGCCCCCUGUUGGUCGGGCAUAUAUGUCCUUAUAUGUAUGCAUGUGUUCUUCCCUGACCCUCCACCAUCUCUUCCUCCUCACGCUCGCUCCUUCCCUGCCGCGGACUCCAUGGGGAGCGCAAGCAAGCUCCGCCUCUGGUGCUCGGCGUUCGCCUGCGCGCUGGCGUUCCUCGGGGCGCACGGGGACGACGACCAUCUCGUCGACAUUACCUACGUCGAGAGCGCCGUGGCCAAGGGAGCAGUGUGCCUGGACGGGAGCCCCCCGGCGUACCAUCUCGCCCCGGGCUCCGGCUCCGGGGUGAACAGCUGGUUGGUUCAUUUCGAGGGAGGGGCGUGGUGCAACAACGCGGCGACAUGCCUGCAGCGGUCGCGCACCCCGUUGGGGUCGUCCAAGGAGAUGGCCAGGCGGGUUGCUUUCACCGGGAUCCUGAGCAACGCGUCGGAUUACAACCCUGACUUCUACAACUGGAAUAGGGUCAAGGUUCGGUACUGCGACGGCUCGUCUUUCACCGGCGACAAGGAAGAAGUUGAUCCUAGUACACAGCUACACUACAGAGGUGCGAGGGUGUGGCAAGCAGUUGUAGAAGAUCUGCUCGCCAAAGGAAUGAACACAGCUGAACAUGCUCUGAUUUCAGGAUGUUCUGCUGGUGGGCUAACUUCGAUACUGCACUGCGACAGAUUUCAUCAGCUCCUGCCAGUGGAUGCCAAUGUUAAAUGCCUUUCAGAUGCCGGUUUCUUCAUCAACGUGAAGGACAUUACCGGAGCCAACCACGUUGAGGCAUUUUUCAGUGAUGUGGGUACAACACAUGGCUCGGCAAAGAAUUUACCAUCUUCGUGCACUUCCAAGUUGCCUGCAGGCGUGUGCUUUUUUCCUCAGAACGAGGUGCAGCAGAUCCAGACGCCCCUGUUCAUCCUAAAUGCAGCAUACGACUCAUGGCAGGUACGGCACAUCCUGGUGCCCGAGGGCUCCGAUCCCGAAUGGCGAAGUUGCAGGGACGACAUAACCCAGUGCUCCGCGAAGCAGCUCGAGACGCUGCAGGGGUUCAGGGACGAUUUCCUGGCGGCGCUGGGGGCGAGCGCGUCCAGCGGAUCCAGAGGGCUGUUCGUCAACUCGUGCUUCGCGCACUGCCAGUCCGAGACGCAGGACAUCUGGUUCGCGCCCGCUUCCCCGGCGCUCGGAGACAGAAGAAUAGCGGACGCGGUUGGGGACUGGUUCUACGGCCGCAGCGGGUUCCAGAAGACGGACUGCCCCUACCCUUGUGACUCCACCUGCUACACUAAUUGAUGCACCACCACCACUAGUGUGCCUCGUCCGUCCGUGCUCGCAACAAACCAUUGGUUUUGGACUUUUGGUUCUAUUUAUACACUAGUAAGCUUGCACGUGCAACACACGUCUCGAAUGUUGACCAAAUAAGAUUCACACAUAUAUGCAAUUAAAAAAUAGCUUGCAAAAUCUUGCAUUAUGGGUCGGAGAGAGUAUGAGUUCAAUGGAUACACUAUAUUGUGAUGUCA